GCCUGUCGUCCCGCAGCGGCCCGGCCCGGGCUUGAUGAGCGGCGGCCUCGGCCUCCAGCGCAGCCCGGAAAUGUCCGGCAAGAUCGAAAAAGCAGACUCGCAGCGUUCUCAUCUCUCUUCCUUCACCAUGAAGCUGAUGGACAAAUUUCAUUCUCCCAAAAUCAAGAGAACGCCAUCCAAGAAGGGAAAGCCAGCAGAGGUGUCUGUGAAGAUUCCCGAGAAGCCUGUGAACAAAGAGGCAAGAGACAGAUUUCUACCAGAGGGCUACCCUAACCCCUUGGAUCUGGAGCAGCAGGCAGUAGAAUUUAUGUCCACCAGUGCUGUGGCUUCCAGGUCUCAAAGGCAGAAGAACCUGUGCUGGCUGGAGGAGAAAGAGAAGGAAGUUGUCAGUGCCUUGCGCUACUUUAAGACCAUUGUGGACAAAAUGGCUAUUGACAAGAAGGUUCUAGAGAUGCUUCCAGGGUCUGCCAGCAAGGUGCUGGAGGCCAUCUUACCCCUGGUGCAGACUGACCCUCGGAUCCAGCACAGCUCGGCCCUCUCCUCCUGCUACAGCCGCGUGUACCAAAGCCUUGCCAAUCUCAUCCGUUGGUCUGACCAGGUGAUGCUAGAAGGUGUGAACUCAGAAGAUAAAGAGAUGGUGACGACAGUGAAAGGGGUCAUCAAGGCUGUGCUGGAUGGAGUGAAGGAGCUUGUGAGGCUGACCAUUGAGAAACAGGGGCGGCCAUCACCUACAAGCCCAGUGAAGCCCAGUUCCCCAGCUAGCAAGCCUGAUGGCCAAUCUGAGCUCCCCCUGACAGAACGAGAGAUGGAGAUUCUAAACAAGACGACAGGUGUGUCGGCCCCCACCGAGCUGCUUCCAGACUCUACCAAUGAAGAGGUUGCACCCCCCAAGCCUCCUUUACCUGGUAUUCGGGUGGUUGAUAAUAGUCCACCAGCAUUGCCACCCAAGAAAAGACAGUCGGCUCCGUCCCCUACCCGAGUGGCCGUGGUGGCCCCCAUGAGUCGAGCCACCAGUGGUUCCAGCUUGCCUGUUGGAAUCAAUAGACAGGAUUUCGAUGUUGACUGUUACACCCAGAGGCGCCUAUCCGGAGGUAGCCGCUCCUGCGGGGGUGAGUCCCCCCGCCUUUCCCCCUGCAGCAGCACUGGCAAGCUCAGCCGGUCAGAUGAGCAGCUGUCCUCCCUGGACAGGGACAGUGGGCAGUGCUCCCGGAACACAAGCUGUGAAACACUAGAUCACUACGAUCCUGACUACGAAUUCCUCCAGCAAGACCUCUCCAAUGCAGACCAGAGCCCUCAGCAGGUGGCCUGCAACCUCAGCCCACUGCCCGAGUCCCUAGGGGAGUCUGGGCCUCCCUUGCUUGGCCAUUCUUUCCAGCUGCCGCACUUGGAGGGGCUCUCAGCCACAGGGCAGCUCACAGAUACCCCACCUGCCCUUCCCGAGAAGAAGCGCAGGAGCGCAGCCUCCCAGACCACGGACAGUUCUGGCUCCAGGGUGUCCUAUGAGCGGCACCCCUCUCAGUAUGACAACAUCUCCGAGGACGACCUGCAGAACCCAGCCCCAGUCCAGUCUGCCUCCUACACACCCUUUGCUGCUAUUCUCCCCUUUCAGCAGGGAGGUUCCUCAGCCCCUGCUGAGUUUGUGGGUGACUUCAGUGCUCCUGAGUCAGCAGGCGACCCAGAGAAGCCACCACCUCUACCAGAGAAGAAAAACAAGCACAUGCUGGCCUACAUGCAGCUCCUGGAGGACUACUCGGAGCCACAGCCCUCCAUGUUCUACCAGACACCGCAGAGUGAACACAUCUACCAGCAGAAGAACAAGAUGCUAAUGGAGGUCUACGGCUUCAGCGAUUCCUUUGGUGGUGGGGACUCCAUGCAGGAGCUGGCCCCACCACCCGCCCUGCCCCCCAAGCAGCGGCAGCUGCAGGCCUCCUAUGCUGCUUCUUCCUUCUCCUCUGUCUCCUACUGUGUCCAGCAAACUAAAGUGGCCUUCACCCCCGAGGACGGCAGUGCCGCUCAGGGCCUCAGUGUAUCCGUGUCUAACUCCUUUCUCAGCCGGCACGGCAGUUUGCCUGUGCCCUCGUACAAAUCUGUGUUUAGGUCCUACUCCCAGGACUUCGUGCCUCACCACCAAGCUUCCGUCCAACCUUUCCUUCCGCCUACCUCCUCUUCCUCUCCACAUUUCCCACCUGUCCACGCGUCCCAGAGCUCGGACUUAGCGGUGCCCACCAUAGCCAGUCCGCCUCCCAGCACCGUGGACGGUCUUCUCUCAUCUUCUCAGGAGAGCAGCUUUCAUGGGAACCCUGUCUGCCUUCCUUCCGAAACCUCUUUCACUGACUCGAGUGAAAACGCCAGUGAGGAAGCUGGUGAGGGUGAAUAUGUCAGUCUGUACUCCUCUGGCCAGAGCAGCGAGGAACUGGCUCCCUCUCGAGGAGAACCACCAGCUGGGAAAGAUGGACCUCUUCGAGAUCAGACCACAGCCAGCAGUGCACCUGGGAAGGACAGCAGAGACAGCGGGGAGAGGUCCCCAAACUCUUCUGAUGCUCUGGAGUCAUCCCAGUCAGAGGAGGAAGUGGAUGAGCUGACCCUCAUUGACCACAACGAAAUUAUGGCCAGGCUGACACUCAAGCAAGAGGGUGAUGACGGGCCAGAUGUCCGUGGAGGAUCAGGAGACAUCCUACUGGUCCAUGCUACUGAGACAGACAGGAAAGACCUGGUGCUGUACUGUGAGGCCUUCCUGACCACCUAUCGGACCUUCAUCAGCCCGGAGGAGCUCAUCAAGAAGCUGCAGUACCGAUAUGAGAAGUUCUCUCCCUUCGCGGACACAUUCAAGAAGCGUGUCAGCAAGAACACGUUCUUUGUGCUGGUGCGGGUAGUAGAUGAGCUCUGCCUCGUGGAGUUGACGGAGGAGAUCCUGAAGCUACUGAUGGAGUUGGUCUUCCGCCUGGUAUGCAGUGGUGAGCUCAGUUUGGCUCGUGUGCUCCGGAAGAACAUCCUAGACAAGGUAGACCAGAAGAAGCUACUCAGGUGUGCCAAUUCCGACCAGCCCCUGGCAGCCAGGGGUGUCGCAGCCAGGCCAGGGACCUUGCAUGAUUUUCACAGCCAUGAAAUAGCCGAGCAGCUGACCCUGCUGGAUGCCGAGCUCUUCUAUAAAAUAGAGAUUCCUGAGGUUUUACUUUGGGCCAAAGAGCAAAACGAGGAGAAGAGCCCCAACUUGACCCAGUUCACGGAGCACUUCAACAACAUGUCCUACUGGGUGCGGUCCAUUAUUAUGCUUCAGGAGAAGGCCCAGGACCGAGAGCGGCUGCUGCUGAAGUUCAUCAAGAUCAUGAAGCACCUGCGGAAGCUGAACAAUUUCAACUCCUACCUGGCCAUCCUCUCAGCACUGGACUCAGCACCCAUCCGCAGGCUAGAGUGGCAGAGGCAGACCUCAGAGGGCCUGGCUGAAUACUGCACACUAAUUGACAGCUCAUCCUCCUUCCGAGCCUACCGGGCAGCCCUUUCAGAAGUGGAGCCACCAUGCAUCCCUUACUUGGGUCUGAUCCUGCAGGACCUGACCUUUGUCCACCUGGGAAAUCCAGACUACAUUGAUGGCAAAGUGAACUUUUCCAAGCGGUGGCAGCAGUUCAACAUCCUGGACAGCAUGCGGUGCUUCCAGCAGGCGCACUAUGACAUCCGGAGAAAUGAUGACAUCAUAAACUUCUUCAAUGACUUCAGUGACCACCUGGCCGAGGAGGCCCUAUGGGAACUCUCUCUGAAAAUUAAACCCAGGAAUAUAACAAGGAGGAAAACAGACCGGGAAGAGAAGACCUAGGAAUAGGUCUGGGUGUGAAGAGAACACUCGAGAGGCCUGGAGAGGACUUAGGACCAGCCAGGUGGGCUGCAGAGUCCCAGUCUCAGAGCUCUUCCAUGGCUCAACUGUGUGGCAGAGCCCGAGCCUGCUGGCAGCUUCCUGCCUCCCUCCCUGUGGGAACAAUGAGCUGGCUGGUGGGCUUCAGGACUGGCUUGUGAACAGGGUGGCCCCUGGUCUGGUUUUGUUUUCUACUUGACAUCUUUGCUCCCUUCCGUCCCUCACAGUCCCCCUUCAGCUGGGAGCAGCAGAGAACUGAGCAGCAGACCAGGGAAAGGCAGGCCAUACUUUCCCCAAGCUCAAGAUGAGUGGAGGCCCUAGGACCCUUGGGCAGACUGUGGGGAGAUGCAGCUCAGUGGCAGAAGGCAGAGAAGGGUCAGGGCAGGUACCUUUUGCUGUCCAUUCCCCAUUUUUUUUAACUGGGGAUGAGGCAUGCAAUUUCAGCUGGCCCAGGAAGUGUCGGGCGACCUUCAGCAGUUGUGGAGCCAAGGCUGCUCCUCGAGGGAGUGGCUGCAGACCUGCUCCCCUGCUGGUCCCUGAGCAGCAGCAGUGUCAGCUCUCCUGCUGCCCCUUUAGCCCCUAUCAUAGGCCAUGCUCCCUGCCCAUAGCCACCAGUACUCUGUGGAGCAGGAAGCAGUGGCAGGAGGCAGGGAGAGCUUUAUCAUCACAGAAACACUGCUGAGCUGGGGCUGAGGCUAAGCUCCAGAGUCAGUGGAUUCGGAGAGAGGAGAGGGGAGGAUCUUGGCUGUCCUGGGGAGAGGCCAGCAGCCCCCCUCCAUGCUUGCUGUGUGCCUUAAACUCCAUCUCCUGUCCCUAUUAGGCCCAUGGACUUCCCUCCUAACUUGUCCCACCUCUAGUGGCCAGCAGGGUCUUAGUACCUUGCUGCCAGUGCUGACUGGAACUGUCAGGCAUCCCUGAACAAGCCUGGAUGUGGGGAGUCAGAGGCCUGGUGUGGAGGCACUCCUGAGGCCUCCUGACUCCAGGCAGGUGUUCUUCCCUCCAUGCUGAACCACUCACUGCUGCUGAGGUUGACAAUCCAGGGCAGGUUUUGCACAGCUCACCAAGCAGGGGGGCCACUGGAACCUCUUUGCCCAUGGUUCCAUGGCCACCACCAUAGAUCUGUAGACAUACUGCCAGUCCCACCCCAGGCCUCCUGGGCCUAUUGAGCAUGAAUGAGCACUCUCUUCUCCAGGCUCGGAGCUUGGUCAGGUGGAUACCAGGGUCUCACUGUGCUUCCUCCGCCCAGUUUUUACAGCAGAGGAAAAGGUAGAAAGUAGCAUCUGCUAACAGGGAACCAGUUUAAACAGCCAUGCCCCUUUGGGUCCCUCCUGGUUUUUGAGCAGCUUUGAUCAAAAAGAAAACAUGGGUUGUUUUUCCCCGAGCUUUAUGUUUAUUUGUCCUGUAAGUGGAGGGGAAGGACAUCUGUGAACAGUCACUUCUGCUCCCCUCUGGCAGCAGUCCUGCUGGCGGCCCACAGAACCGUCACUUUAUUAUUUAAGGAGUGUGUGUGUGUGUGCAGUCAGGGUUUAUGAGCAGCAUUGUGUGUGGGGUGGGGUGUUUUACUUUGUCCCCUCUUUUGCGAGUCCUUUCAUUUCAAUCUUUGCCUCCUGCUCCCCGUCCUUUGCUUGGCUCUGUGAGUGCUGCUGGGUGUGCAUGGGGUAGGGGGCACUGUGCACACAAGGUCCUUUGUGUGUGCAAAGUAGAAUCCUCCCUGUGUUUGAGAGGCUCCUGCAGUCUUCCUCUGUAGCCAAAGCCAAUGCCAGUUUUGGCUUUUAACUCAGGCCCAAUCCACGGGUGCCCACAGUGGACAGAAUGAGUCUGCAGUCAGGCCUUUUCACCAAUUCCCAGGCAUGAAGUGGGUGGCAAGAGGCUCGCCUCCUCCAUUCAUAACAGACCCAGAGUACCCAGGCCCUCCUGCGCUCAUGGGGAUGCUUUGGAGGCCUGAGCAAAGGGCCGGGCAGCAGAUGGGCAGGGUGCUGUGGCGGCUCUCCAUGGGAGGACAGCACGGUGCAGUGUGUGUGUUUAACUUAUUGGCCGAAAGGCUUCCCCAGUCUCCUGCCUCUGGCUAUGGCUGAGUCCUUCCGCAGCCCAGCUGCAACUUCUCUUUUCUUGGGGGCCAAGAGAGCUGUGGGGAUCGGUUUUUACAGACAGACUGAGCCACAUAGACGAUCCGGUUCCCUGCAGAGGCCAGCCCUCACCUGCAGGUGUGGUGGGGCCAUGGCUAGGGCAGGUAUAUGCCACAUCUGACUGAACCAUGAACCAAGACACAUCUUCUGUCCCACGGCCUCCCCUGUGUGACAUUGUAAUAUAUAUCCCCAACUAACCCGUCUGACAGUGGCAUCUUCCAACAACAUUUCAGACGUGUAACUUUUAUAUGAAAGAAAAAUAAAUAGACAAAAGCUGUCUAAUGCCAUGUGUGCAUACA